AUGUCAAUCAGAUAUUCGUCCAAUAUGUACAAGACCACAGCCUCAACUAGACAAAUUUCUCGUACCACCAUCCAACCCACGAAACCGUCUACUCUCCCCCAGAUAGACGGUGGAUCAGAAUACCAUCAUGCACAUCAUUCCAUUCGCAAUCUAAACUUUGCUCAAUCCAGUACCCCCUCGUAUCCUCGUCAACAACACAGUAUCCAACCACCUCUUCGCGCUCGCAACAUUCCAAUCGUGCAGUCUCUACCAGUCCCACCACCGCCGUCUCUACGCCAACAGCACCAUGCCACAGGCAACACGGUCCACGAUCUCCUUCCUUACUGCACUACCGAGCCACCCUUGAAUGAAGCCCAAGUCAUUGCUUUGAGUGAUGUGGUGGGGAGUCUGAGGGAGCUUGUGUCGUUGGCGCUUGCAGCUGCGGCGGGGGAUGAGAGGAGUAUGAGGAAGCUGGAGAGUGCAGUGGGGGAAAGGGAUGCGGUAAAUGUCGUGGAGUUUUUUGUAGAUGAGUGGGAGGUUGAGGGGUAAGGAGGCGUCGAUUUGCCAUGAGAAUUAGAGAGAGUGUGGUGAGAAUAUUAUGGGAAUUGGCU